AUGGGUGACCCGGAGAAGCAGCCCGAACAACCAAAGGAUGUUCAGCAAAAACAGGUCAUCGCCAACAAAGUGACGGGGACCGUUAAAUGGUUUAACGUGAAGAGCGGGUACGGAUUUAUUAAUCGAAAUGACACCAAGGAAGAUGUGUUUGUUCAUCAAUCGGCUAUUGUUAAAAAUAAUCCGAAAAAAUUGGUACGAUCGGUGGGAGAUGGAGAAGUCGUUGAAUUUGACGUUGUCGUGGGUGGAAAAGGGAACGAAGCCGCAAACGUGACGGGACCCAAUGGAGAAGCCGUGAAAGGCUCUCCUUACGCUGCCGACAAACGGAGGGGAUAUCGGCAGUGGUAUUACACCCGACGAUUGCCACCUCGUCCGCGUAGACAAAGAGACGACGACGGUGAUGACAAAAAUUUAGAGGGUGGAAAUCAAGGGCAGCAGAGGAGAUACCGUCCGAGAUUUCGACCCAAUUACGGAUACCGUCCUCGACCCCGCGGACCUCCAAGAGAUUUACAAGACGGGGAAGGGGAAGGGGGAGAAAAUCGUCCGCCGCAACGUCGUAAAGGACCUCCGCGGCGUUUUUUCGCAAGGAACUACCGUCGUCCGGCAAGAAGACCGAGAAGCGAUGACGGUCAAGGUCAAGGCGGGGAAGGAGAAUGUCCUCGCCCUCGUCCCCGCUAUAGGAAACGGGUACCCCGUAACAAUCUAAGGGGUAAUAGAACAUCUCAAAGCGAGGGCGAAGUUAAUAUGAAGCAAGAAGCCCAACCCGUAACAAACGCAACCAAAGAAAGCGUAGCUUAA